CUGGACCUCACCUCUAAACAUCUCAGGUACGGGCUUCUACAGUCUACGGCGGCUGCAGGUACCACUCCCGUCCUCAUCAUCGAGCUCGAGCAAUUGCGACUAACCUCCAGCUACUUUAGCAACGUUGACGUCUUGGUUAUUGGCGCUGGCCCGACCGGUCUUGGUGCUGCGAAGCGCCUCAACCAGAUCAACGGCCCUUCUUGGUUGCUCGUUGACUCUGCCGACAAGGCUGGCGGUCUCGCUUCUACUGAUGUCACCCCCGAGGGCUUCCUCUACGACGUCGGUGGCCACGUUAUCUUCUCCCACUACAAGUACUUCGACGACUGCAUCGACGAGGCCCUCCCCAAGGAAGAUGACUGGUUCACGCACGAGCGUGUUUCGUACGUCCGCUACAAGGGCCUCUGGGUCCCCUACCCCUUCCAGAACAACAUCUCCAUGUUGCCCAAGGAGGACCAGGUCAAGUGCAUGAACGGUCUCAUUGACGCCGCUCUCGAGUGCCGCGUCGCCAACACGAAGCCCAAGGACUUUGACGAGUGGAUUCUCCGCAACUGCGGUGAGGGUGUUGCCGAUAUUUUCAUGCGACCCUACAACUACAAGGUCUGGGCUGUUCCCACCACCAAGAUGCAAUGCCAAUGGCUUGGAGAGCGUGUCGCUGCUCCCAACCUGAAGCUCGUCACCGAGAACGUCGUCCUCAACAAGGUUGCCGGAAACUGGGGCCCCAACAACGUCUUCCGCUUCCCCGCCCGCGACGGCACCGGUGGUAUCUGGAUUGCCGUCGCCAACACUUUGCCCCAGGAGAAGAUCCGCCUCGGCGAGAAGGGCUCCGUUGAAAAGGUUGACGCCCAGGCCAAGGUUGUCACCCUCAAGGACGGUACCACCGUCAAGUACAACAAGCUUGUCUCCACCAUGAACGUUGACCAGCUCGUUGAGAGAAUGGGUAACCAGGAGCUUGUCUCCUUGUCCAAGGGUCUGUUCUACUCUUCCACCCACGUCAUUGGCGUUGGUCUGCGCGGUGCUCGCCCUGACCGUAUCGGCGACAAGUGCUGGUUGUACUUCCCUGAGAACAACUGCCCCUUCUACCGCGCCACCAUCUUCUCCAACUACUCCCCCUACAACCAGCCCGAGGACAGCAAGAAGCUGCCCACGCUGUACCUGGCCAACGGCCAGAAGGCCGAGUCUUCCGAGGCCAAGGAGGGCCCCUACUGGUCCAUCAUGUUGGAGGUCUCCGAGUCUUCCAUGAAGCCUGUCAACCGCGCCAAGCUUCUUGAGGAGUGCAUUCAGGGUCUCAUCAACACUGAGAUGAUCAAGCCCGAGGACGAGGUCGUCUCCACCUACCACCGCUGCUUCGACCACGGCUACCCAACUCCUUCGCUGGAGAGAGAGGGCGUUCUCAAGGACCUCCUCCCCAAGCUCCAGGACCUCGACAUCUACUCCCGCGGCCGAUUCGGCAGCUGGAGAUACGAAGUCGGCAACCAGGACCACUCCUUUAUGCUGGGAGUCGAGGCCGCCGACAACAUCGCCAACGGCGCCGUCGAGCUUACACUCAACUACCCCGACUUCGUCAACAGCCGCCGCAACGAGGAGCGUCGUUUGGCUCAGUCGUUCAACUUCUCGUCCAAGCCCGCCGCCAACGGCACUGCUAUCCCUUCACACAGCAAGUAA